AUGCCUUGGUUUCAAAAUCUGAAGGGAGGUGAGAAAGCCAUGUCACGGCAAAGAGGGUGGCGUGCACAUCCAGGCUGUCGAGAGGUUGUUUUGAGGGGAGGAAGUGGGCUGGAUGGGGUGGGAUGCAGUUCUGCACUUGAUCUUCAUGUGGAGCGCAUCAAGCGGCCAAAACACACCACCACGAGGGAUCUAGAGAGGGAGACACCAACAGUCGUGCAGUUCUGGUAUGCUCGGAGUGCCACUAGAUGUGUGCUCCUAUGGCACAGCACUGCGCCACCACGCCCGACCCAACAAACUCCGCAGACACUCCGCUCAUCGAUCACAUACCUCGCGUUUCAAAUCCAUUUACAGCCGGAAUUGCGAUCUUACUCCACGGAAUACACCUGCCCUGUCACAUUGGACUUGUCCAACUUCCGCUCGUUCGUCCUCGCCAUUCCUCCACAAGAAUUUGAGAGCGGUGUUGACGAUGGAGAGCCAGUGCAAACGCUUUGUCCCUCUCAGCCGGAGAAAGUCUGGUCCGCGCUAUCGUUGAUGGCGGCGACCUCGACCCGCCAUGAUUCAUCAAAACGAAGAAGCCUCAGGAGGACGGUGGGAAGGACCAAAAGCGUAGUUGGUGGAGGGCUGUGGAAUGGGAAAUGCGAAAGUCGGCUGUCGUUGGUCGUUGGCUUCAUUGAGAAGGAGUGGGCGAAUGUGGCUGGGUAA